GGAGCCGGCGCGGCCGCGGGCCAGGCGCCGAGGUGCGCGCGGAGCGAGGUGGCCGCAGCGUCUCCGCGCGCGGCCCAAGCCCGUCAGGAGCGCGGAACCGCCGCCUCGGCCAUGCGGCUCCCGGCCCGGGGGCCUGGGCUGGGGCCCGCGCCGCCCCCCGCGCACCGCCCCCGCUGAGCCUGCGCCCGACCCGGGGCGCCUCCGCCCGGCACCAUGGUGCAGAAGUCGCGCAACGGCGGCGUGUACCCCGGCCCGAGCGGGGAGAAGAAGCUGAAGGUGGGCUUCGUGGGGCUGGACCCCGGCGCGCCCGACUCCACCCGGGACGGGGCGCUGCUGAUCGCCGGCUCCGAGAUCCCCAAGCGCGGCAGCAUCCUCAGCAAACCUCGCGCGGGCGGCGCGGGCGCCGGGAAGCCCCCCAAGCGCAACGCCUUCUACCGCAAGCUGCAGAAUUUCCUCUACAACGUGCUGGAGCGGCCGCGCGGCUGGGCGUUCAUCUACCACGCCUACGUGUUCCUCCUGGUUUUCUCCUGCCUCGUGCUGUCUGUGUUUUCCACCAUCAAGGAGUAUGAGAAGAGCUCAGAGGGGGCCCUCUACAUCCUGGAAAUCGUGACUAUCGUGGUGUUUGGCGUGGAGUACUUCGUGCGGAUCUGGGCCGCAGGCUGCUGCUGCCGGUACCGUGGCUGGAGGGGGCGGCUCAAGUUUGCCCGGAAGCCAUUCUGUGUGAUUGACAUCAUGGUGCUCAUCGCCUCCAUUGCGGUGCUGGCCGCCGGCUCCCAGGGCAAUGUCUUUGCCACAUCUGCGCUGCGGAGCCUGCGCUUCCUGCAGAUUCUACGGAUGAUCCGCAUGGACCGGCGGGGAGGCACCUGGAAGCUACUGGGCUCUGUGGUCUAUGCCCACAGCAAGUGCUUCUCCCCAUGGCUUGGUCCAUCUUUGUCGUCUCUCUCCAGAAAGCUGCUUUUUCGAAAGGCCAGGCUGUUUUGGCCCCUGCCACCCCCCCACUUCCUGCCGCGAACCCUUGGCUCUGUGGCUGGGCGUCUUCUUUCCUGGGUUUUUAGUGCCUGGAUCAAUACAUCGCGCUACUGCGCUCUCCACCCGAUCACGCUGACCACCAUUGGCUACGGGGACAAGUACCCCCAGACCUGGAACGGCAGGCUCCUGGCGGCAACCUUCACCCUCAUCGGUGUCUCCUUCUUCGCGCUUCCUGCAGGCAUCUUGGGGUCUGGCUUUGCCCUGAAGGUUCAGGAGCAGCACCGGCAGAAGCACUUUGAGAAGAGGCGGAACCCGGCCGCAGGCCUGAUCCAGUCGGCCUGGAGAUUCUACGCCACCAACCUCUCACGCACAGACCUGCACUCCACGUGGCAGUACUACGAGCGCACGGUCACCGUGCCCAUGUACAGUUCGCAAACUCAAACCUACGGGGCCUCCAGACUCAUCCCCCCGUUGAAUCAGCUGGAGCUGCUGAGGAACCUCAAGAGUAAAUCUGGACUUGCUUUCAGGAAGGAGCCCCCGCCGGAGCCGUCUCCAAGCCAGAAGGUCAGUUUGAAAGAUCGUGUCUUCUCCAGCCCCCGAGGCGUUGCUGCCAAGGGGAAGGGGUCCCCGCAGGCCCAGACUGUGCGGCGGUCACCCAGCGCCGACCAGAGCCUCGAGGACAGCCCCAGCAAGGUGCCCAAGAGCUGGAGCUUCGGGGACCGCAGCCGGGCGCGCCAGGCUUUCCGCAUUAAGGGUGCCGCAUCACGGCAGAACUCCGAAGAAGCAAGCCUCCCUGGAGAGGACAUUGUGGAUGACAAGAGCUGCCCCUGCGAGUUUGUGACUGAGGACCUGACCCCGGGCCUCAAAGUCAGCAUCAGAGCCGUGUGUGUCAUGCGGUUCCUGGUAUCCAAGCGGAAGUUCAAGGAGAGCCUGCGGCCCUACGACGUGAUGGACGUCAUUGAGCAGUACUCAGCCGGCCACCUGGACAUGCUGUCCCGAAUUAAGAGCCUGCAGUCCAGGAUAGAUAUGAUUGUGGGCCCCCCACCCCCUUCAACUCCCCGGCACAAGAAGUACCCCACCAAAGGACCCACGGCCCCUCCGAGAGAGUCACCCCAGUACUCACCUAGAGUGGACCAGAUUGUGGGGCGGGGCCCAGCGAUCACGGACAAGGACCGCACCAAGGGCCCGGCCGAGGCGGAGCUGCCUGAGGACCCCAGCAUGAUGGGACGGCUCGGGAAGGUGGAGAAGCAGGUCUUGUCCAUGGAGAAGAAGCUGGACUUCCUGGUGAACAUCUACAUGCAGCGGAUGGGCAUCCCCCCGACAGAGACUGAGGCCUACUUUGGGGCCAAAGAGCCAGAGCCGGCACCUCCAUACCAUAGCCCGGAAGACAGCCGGGAGCACGUCGACAGGCACGGCUGCAUCGUCAAGAUUGUGCGCUCCAGCAGCUCCACGGGCCAGAAGAACUUCUCGGCGCCCCCGGCUGCGCCCCCUGUCCAGUGUCCGCCCUCCACCUCCUGGCAGCCACAGAGCCACCCGCGCCAGGGCCACGGCACCUCCCCCGUGGGGGACCCUGGCUCCCUGGUGCGCAUCCCGCCGCCGCCUGCCCACGAGCGGUCACUGUCCGCCUACGGCGGGGGCAACCGCGCCAGCACAGAGUUCCUGCGGCAGGAGGAUGCCCCCGGCUGCAGGCCCCCCGAGGGGACUCUGCGGGACAGCGACACAUCCAUCUCCAUCCCGUCCGUGGACCACGAGGAGCUGGAGCGUUCCUUCAGCGGCUUCAGCAUCUCCCAGUCCAAGGAGAACCUGGAUGCUCUCAACAGCUGCUAUGCGGCCGUGGCGCCUUGUGCCAAAGUCAGGCCCUACAUCGCGGAGGGAGAGUCAGACACCGACUCCGACCUCUGUACCCCCUGCGGGCCCCCGCCACGCUCGGCCACCGGCGAGGGCCCCUUUGGUGACGUGGGCUGGGCCGGGCCCAGGAAGUGAGGCAGCACUGGGCCAGUGGACCCGUCCGCGGCCCUCCUCAGCACGGUGCCUCCGAGGUUUUGAGGCAGGAACCCUCUGGGGCCCUUUUCUUACAGUAACUGAGUGUGGCGGGAAGGGUGGGCCCUGGAGGGGCCCAUGUGGGCUGAAGGACGGGGCUCCUGGCAGUGACCUUUUACAAAAGUUAUUUUCCGACAGGGGCUGGAGGGCCGGGCAGGGCCCUGUGGCUCCAGGAGCAGCGUGCAGCAGUAAGGUCGCCCUGUCCACUCUGCUCAGGGCUGUGGCAGACAUCGGCCUGGUGUGAGGAGGGGCAGGAGUGAUGACGGGGUGUGGCUGGCAUGGCGACAGGCGGGGGAUGGUCUCAGGGAGCCAAGCCCAGGGGAGGCACAAGGGGCAGGCCUGUUCCAUGAGGACCUGUGGGCCUUGGGGCCUGGUGGGAUUUCUGGGCAGCUGCGGGUGGGUGUGGCUGGCCGCUGCACGUGGCCUCUGCCCUCACACCUGGCCUGCCCGGCGGACUUUCCCGUGCCCCACCUCAGGGGUGCCCAAUUACAGAGCUAUUGAUUGGCAUCUUCUCCCGUACCUUCUGGGAUCUGAGGGAUCUUUUGGUGGGAACCAGCCCUGAGGUGGAGACCCUCACUGGCAGCUGAGGAGCAGGUGGGGCCUGGGAACCAAACUGGAGCCCAGAGUGGACAUCCAACCCUCUGGUCUUGGCCUCUAGGGGGAAGGCCCGGCUCACGGUGGGACCAGGGAUCCAGCUCUGAAGCGUCUUCAGAAAGGGGGUCCUUGGGGGCUCCAGCUGCCUCGCCCUGGCCUUUCCGUGGGUGCGUGAGAGCCAGCAGCACCCCAGCCUCGGAGACCUAGGGGGCAGGACCCCAAGUCUUCCCCUCUCUCCUGACUGCCCUGGUCGGGUGCUGGCGCUGGGACACCUGCCUGGUGAGCAGGCCUCACAGUUCUUAGCCAGGGGUCCGCCUCACCUCUGUCCACCAAUGCCCCGACAGACUUGGGGCAGGGCUGGGCCGUGAUGCGGUGGGCCAGGAAAGCCUUCACGCCAGCACAGGGCCGCCCUCCCCGACUUUCCGGAGGAAGCCGCCCCCACCUCAGCCCAGCUGAGUGCCCUCCCUGCUCUCCUGCGCCCCUGGAGCUGACGGCCCCUUCUCCACUGACCGAUUCCUUAACUGGGCCUCUUGGGGUCUCGGGCCUCAGGGAUGCACCAUCCCACACCUGUCCUGUUGCCGGCACCGUGGCCCUUGGGGCGGGCGGCUGUGAUGGGGGAGCGAGUCCCUAGCUCCAGACUUAAGCACCAGAGCCCGGGAGCAUCUGGCAUUGGGGUGAUGGCAUUGCAGGCGGGCCUGGGCUCCUAGAGAGUGGCCUCCCCGGGAGGGAGCAGGGCUGGGGUCAUGGGCACAAAUACUCCCAGAGAGCAAGGACAGGGGAGCCCUGGGCCCGUUUCUCCUCCACCUUCAGGAGCCCUGGGCCCGUUUCUCCUCCACCUUCGGGGAGCCCUGGGCCCAUUUCUCCUCCACCUUCGGGGAGCCCUGGGCCCGUUUCUCCUCCACCUUCGGGGAGCCCUGGGCCCGUUUCUCCUUCACCUUCGGGAACCCUGGGCCCGUUUCUCCUCCACCUUCGUUUUAAGUUCACUUGGCUUGGCUGGGAGGUCCUGAGGCCCUGAGGUCAGCAGGGGAACACGUCCUGAGGGAGAGGACUUUGAAAGCAGCAUGUGAGGGUCGUACGCCCCUGGCUGGUGGGGGUCCUGGAGCUCAGGGUGUUUGGGGAGCCAUGUCUGGCGUCCGUUGUGGGGAGCUGCUACCCUGGCCUCUGUGCCUACCCCCAGCCCAGCCAGGGCACUCCCAGGCCACAUCGUCAUUGGGGUGCCUCCGCUGGGCCAUCUCCUUACCCCUCCCUGUGCUGGAGCCU